AUGACGCUCCUAGGACAUCAAGCCAUAUUUCCCGAUGUCCAGUUUGACAUCCCGAAGUCUCCGAUUGUUGCCAGACAGCGCCAGAGGCAUCCAACCCCCCAACUACAGAAAUGGAUUAAUGUUUGUACCAUGAGAAUCUCCAAUCCAGAAUAUGGCGAUGUUAUGAUUUCUGUAAAUAUGAAGGCUGUACAUUGUGUGUACCACGAGCUGCGGGCGGCCGACCCCUCCUUCACGUGCCCCUUCCAGUACUACCACACGACGCCCGACCACGCCUACGCCCACGCUCAGCCCAGCGCUUGCCACCCGCCGUGCAUGUCCCCCGGCCAGCCAUGUCCCGCGCCCACCUGCCUGGCGUCCCCUCAGCCCACCUGUCUGCCGCAGGCGUGCCUGCCCACCAGCCAGCCCACCUGCCUCGCCUCCGCUCAGCCCACCUGUCACCCGCCCGGACCCCCGCCCGCGGCGCAGCUCGCUCCCACCGCCCACCAGCCCACCCACACGUUCACGCCCUUGCACCUCCGGCCGGUGGAGGAGACGGAGGCCGCCCACGACCUGCUGGAGCUGGCCCGCUCCGCGCCCGCCUACACGUACCAGCCGCCCACGCCCGCGUCGUCGUGCGACUCGGCGGAGGCGGCGACCGUCAGCUACCCUGAGGCGGCGCCGUGCGAGGGCGGCGAGGCGGCCUUCGAGGAUAGCGAGGCCAGCCUCACGGCCACGCCCACGCCCUCGCCCGCGGGCAGCAGCGAUGCGGAGAACGUGGCGCCGCCCUGCUCGCUGGGGCUGGACGACGGGCGGUCGCGCGUGCGGGCGGGGGCGCGCGGCGAGGGCGUGCGCUUCGGGCGCCACAAGCCGCGCUACACGUGCUCGGAGUGCGGCAAGCACUACGCCACGUCGUCGAACCUGUCGCGCCACAAGCAGACGCACCGCGACCUGGACUCCGGCAACGCGCGCCGCUGCCACGUGUGCGGCAAGGCCUACGUCAGCAUGCCGGCGCUCGCCAUGCACGUGCUGACGCAUAACCUGACGCACCGCUGCGGCGUGUGCGGCAAGGCCUUCUCGCGCCCCUGGCUCCUGCAGGGCCACAUGCGCUCGCACACGGGCGAGAAGCCCUUCGGCUGCGCGCACUGCGGCAAGUCCUUCGCCGACCGAUCCAACCUGCGCGCGCACAUGCAGACGCACUCCCAGCUCAAGAACUUCCGGUGCAAGCGCUGCAACAAGUCCUUCGCCCUCAAGUCGUACCUCAACAAGCACUACGAGUCCGCGUGCUACCGCGACGGCGCAUGCGGUGAGGCCUGCCCGUCGCCGGACUCCUGAAGAGGAACCGUCAGGACGCGGCGGCGCCCUCACGCCCGCAGCGAACCGUCUCGUCGCCGCCAUUCCCGCGUCUCUUCUCGUCUCUUUCUGGCAGCGCGACGCCCUCGGGUCGUCGCGGAAGCCCGCUCAUGGCCGCAGCGCCGGCCCGUUCUCGCGCGACGCAAGGCUUCGUUGCAACCCUGCGGCGGCGCCUCGGCGGGCGUGGCGCCCGAAGGACCUGGCCCGACGUCUGUACCUGUACCUGGUCGAACACGGGCCGCGAGUGUACCUGCGCUCACAAGUGGACUGUGACCUGAUAUAAAAGUACCCUUGGCAAUAAGCUUGUUACCAUUGCCUGGCUCUCGUAGACUGAUCUUCCACGCAGAGAAUUUUUCAUUUUCCCUUUUGCUUGGUGCACAAGUGAAAAAAACACGAAAAAGAAAACGGAUAAUUAAGUGCUUUAUUUUGCUCCUUGUCUCGCGUUUCCAUAAGAUGAGGCUUCAAGGAUCACCUCUGAGUUCCCUUAAGAUUGUGAUUUCGAAAUUACUCUGUGAUUUACAUGUGGCAUCGAUUUGUGCGUUUGAACCACUGAAAAAAAAAAAUAGUUUAAAAAGUGAAUAACCCCCCUUUGGAAACCAAAAGAUAAAUAAAGAAAGGGAAGGAAGAGAGAGACACAAGAAAAAAUAGCAUUAAAAACACAAAACCGUAGUGAAUCGUAGUGAUAGAAGUAGCCAGACUUUAUCUAAGAAUCCGAAGAGCAGAAACAGCAAGAGAAGGAGAUUCACUUAAAAAAAUCGACUUCAAGAAAUUACAACGUCUUGCCAAGGAAGCGAAGGCAACGUGAAAGUGUUGUUUGAUAAAAUGCUUCUUGUUUGUUUUCUCUCGAAGCUGCAUGUGACUGCUGUUAUAUUUUGUGAAGUGAAAGUAGUUUGAUUGAAUAAGUUAAUUUGCAUAUUAUGCACCACUAUAGAAUCCUAAAGAGCAUUUUUUUUCUCUUUAGGACAGGAUAUACAAGAAAUUAAUAUAUUCUGCAAUACAUUAGGAUAAUUCACGAAAUCUAUCCACGAUAAGGAUUUUUGGAUGUUAGGAUUUCAUGAAAAGGGUCACAUGAUAUUUAACAAAAAUGCAGUUGAUACCAACGCGAUAUCCAGUGUUUUAAUGACAAGCAGGAAAAUGUACAGGCCUGACACCACUACGAUUAUUAUGAUACAACAUUUUUUGUUCCAUAUCUGCCAAAGAUAUACUCUGCCAAUGGAAUAUGCCAAGAGUAUUAUUCGAAACACAGUUGUUUGUAUACACGUUUAGAAAGAGGAAGUCAAAGUACUCGUGACCUCGAUUCUGCCGUAGCCAAGAUCCGUUUUCUGUUGCUGGUAGAGGAUCAUCUUUUGAACGGUGACUCAACGAUUUCUCUUUCAUUUUGAUUAUAUCAAACUGUUGUUACUCAGAUGUGAUUUUUUAGAAUAUGAUUUCCCCCGCAAAAAAAAAACUUUUUUGAUAGCGAAGAUUUGUGAUAAGCUUUUGACGAGCUCAUACCGUGUCACCUGACUUUUUAAUCACAUGAUUUCACUAGAAACCGCUGAUUGUUACAUAGAAUGCUGUCUUUUCUGAUUUACGCUUUGUGAUUUUUUGAAAGACAGACCUGCAAAUCAAAAUAUAGUUCUGGAUAGGCCUAUGGCUUAGGCAGAGUCCAGGGAAUCACUCUCAUUCUUGUUGUUAUUGAUGGCAUUGCUUGGGAAGACUCCGAUUGCUGGGAUGUAUUCUCCUCUGCCAGAGUUUCCACACGUGUCAGUCACUCAUCCAUGCGACUGAGACUGACUUUGCUUUCAUGUUAACUUUUGUAUAAAUACCUCAUCUUUGACACUGUUGUUGACUUAUUCUUGCAAUGAUUUGGCUAGGACAAACACAUGCAGAUUUAGGAACGUCCUUUUUUUAAAGCAGAAUCACAUUUUAUAACCCAUGCAAUCUAAAUAACAAACACAUGUGUUUCCAAACAACGAAACCAAGAAACAAAUAAACACACCAGUAAAAAGCCAAACUAGAUUUUUCCAACUUUCAAAUACACUUGUGAAAAAAUGCAAUCGAGAUCCCAUUUUCUAUAGCGAAUCGGAGUCUCCCUAGCAAUCCAGGGCAAACUCAACUAUCUAGUGUUUCCAACUAUCGUUUCUGCUCUAUGGCUUGGUAGACCAAAAAAAUACAAAAGAAUAGAGAAAAAAAAUGUUAUUGUUAACAAAAAAAUGGUGUUUUCAUAAAAGCGACUAUAUAUCUUCGACCUCUUUUUUUUCUUUUUUGUUUUGGGUUGGUGGGUUGAUAGGCAAUUUCGCUGUUGCAGUACCUUUACCCUUAUAACACACCCGCAGCUAUCGUGUGCGUCUGCCGUUCUGCGCGCUGCAUUAUCUGGUUAAUAAUGAGUCAGUCUUACUCACGAAUGGGUCUCUUUUUUGCAACUCUGAUGCCUGGGGAGCAGAGGCGACGGUGCUUGCGAUUGCAAAGGCAAUUGCAUUUUGUAUUAAUAGAAUGGGAUUUGUUUUUUACCCUCGAGAGGUGACAAAAAAAACGAAGAAAAUGUUUGUAUGAUCAAAACAAAAACAAGUAAGACGAACAUAAAUAGAUAUAAUCUCUCAGAUACAAAAAACAAAAACAAAAGAAGAAAAUAAAAUGUUAAUUUGCCAAGCCCAUUUUUAACGUGAAAAUCUAGUCUGUCGGCCUUUGCCUGAAUUGGCCUUCAGAGUUGCAACCACGUAGGCCCUUUAAUUCUCAAAAUGCACCAAAUGUUGAUAAUCCUUUCAGUUUAACGAUGUCAUUGAUCCUUUAAAGCAAUAAGUAUAGCAAUACGAACAUUGUUACUGCAUUAUAUCGUAGAUCUAGUGAGCUAAAAUUAAGUAGUACAGAUGACUGCAAAAAAAAAAAAAAAAAAGGAAAAAAAAAAAAAAAGUA